GCGCAGCCCCAGGGACUCCUCUUCCCAGCGUGCUCCUCUGCCAGGGUGCACCUCGGCGACCAGGAAACUGGAAAGAUGGCGACUGCUCGGCAACGUUGAGGCCGCGUUAGGCGGUUCAGACCCAAGGUGAUGGCAGGAGAGCUAGCUGACAAAAAGGAUCGAGACUCAUCACCUUCCAAGGAAGAAAGGAAGCGAUCACGAACUCCUGACAGAGAGCGGGAUAGAGACCGGGAUCGGAAGUCCUCCCCAUCUAAAGACAGGAAACGCCAUCGGUCAAGGGAUAGACGACGGGGAGGUAGCCGCUCUCGCUCCCGUUCCCGUUCCAAGUCUACAGAGAGAGAACGACGGCAUAAAGAACGGGAGCGAGAUAAGGAACGGGAUCGGAAUAAGAAGGACCGAGAUCGAGAUAAAGAUGGGCACCGAAGGGACAAGGAUCGUAAACGACCCAGCUUAUCUCCCGGUCGAGGAAAAGAUUUUAAAUCUCGAAAGGACAGAGACUCUAAAAAGGAUGAAGAUGAUGACCAUGAUAAGAAGCCAAAGGCUCAGCCACUAUCCUUGGAGGAACUGCUGGCCAAGAAGAAGGCUGAGGAAGAAGCUGAGGCUAAGCCCAAAUUCCUCUCCAAAGCAGAACGGGAGGCUGAAGCUUUGAAGCGGCGACAGCAGGAGGUAGAAGAGCGGCAAAAGAUGCUUGAGGAGGAAAGGAAGAAAAGGAAACAGUUCCAAGACUUGGGCAGAAAGAUGCUGGAAGACCCGCAAGAACGUGAACGUCGGGAACGGAGGGAGAGGAUGGAGCGGGAGACCAAUGGGAAUGAGGAUGAGGAAGGACGGCAGAAGAUCCGGGAAGAGAAGGAUAAGAGCAAGGAACUGCAUGCUAUUAAGGAGCGUUACCUGGGUGGUAUCAAAAAGCGGCGCCGAACAAGGCAUCUUAAUGACCGAAAGUUUGUCUUUGAGUGGGAUGCAUCGGAAGACACAUCCAUUGACUACAACCCUCUGUACAAAGAACGGCACCAGGUGCAGUUGUUGGGGCGAGGCUUCAUUGCAGGCAUUGACCUAAAGCAGCAGAAACGAGAGCAGUCACGUUUCUAUGGAGACCUAAUGGAGAAGAGAAGAACUUUAGAAGAAAAGGAACAGGAGGAGGCAAGACUUCGAAAACUUCGUAAGAAGGAAGCUAAGCAGCGCUGGGAUGAUCGUCAUUGGUCCCAGAAGAAGUUAGAUGAGAUGACAGACAGGGACUGGCGGAUCUUCCGUGAGGACUACAGUAUCACCACCAAAGGUGGCAAGAUCCCCAAUCCUAUCCGGUCCUGGAAAGACUCUUCUCUGCCUCCACAUAUAUUGGAGGUCAUUGAUAAGUGUGGCUAUAAGGAGCCAACACCUAUCCAGCGUCAGGCAAUUCCCAUUGGACUACAGAAUCGUGACAUCAUUGGUGUGGCUGAGACUGGCAGUGGCAAGACAGCAGCCUUUCUUAUCCCAUUGCUGGUGUGGAUCACUACACUUCCCAAAAUUGACAGGAUUGAAGAGUCAGACCAGGGCCCUUACGCUAUCAUUCUGGCUCCCACUCGUGAGUUGGCUCAGCAGAUUGAGGAAGAGACCAUCAAGUUUGGGAAACCAUUAGGCAUCCGCACUGUAGCUGUUAUUGGUGGCAUCUCCAGAGAAGACCAGGGCUUCAGACUGCGCAUGGGUUGUGAGAUUGUGAUCGCUACCCCAGGGCGUCUGAUUGAUGUGCUGGAAAACCGCUACUUGGUGCUAAGCCGCUGUACCUACGUGGUUCUGGAUGAGGCAGAUAGGAUGAUUGACAUGGGCUUUGAGCCAGAUGUCCAGAAGAUUCUGGAGCACAUGCCUGUCAGCAACCAGAAGCCAGACACAGAUGAGGCUGAGGACCCUGAAAAGAUGUUGGCUAACUUUGAGUCAGGAAAGCAUAAAUACCGACAAACAGUCAUGUUCACGGCCACCAUGCCGCCAGCGGUAGAACGUCUGGCCCGGAGCUAUCUUCGGCGACCUGCUGUGGUAUACAUUGGCUCUGCAGGCAAGCCUCAUGAGCGUGUGGAACAGAAGGUGUUCCUCAUGUCUGAGUCAGAGAAGAGGAAAAAGCUGUUGGCAAUCUUGGAACAAGGCUUUGAUCCACCCAUCAUCAUUUUUGUCAACCAGAAGAAGGGUUGUGAUGUGUUGGCUAAAUCCCUGGAGAAGAUGGGGUAUAACGCUUGUACACUGCAUGGUGGAAAAGGCCAGGAACAGCGAGAGUUUGCACUGUCCAACCUCAAGGCUGGUGCCAAGGAUAUUUUGGUGGCUACAGAUGUGGCUGGUCGUGGUAUCGACAUUCAGGAUGUAUCUAUGGUUGUCAACUAUGAUAUGGCCAAAAAUAUUGAAGAUUAUAUCCACCGCAUUGGCCGCACAGGACGAGCAGGCAAGAGUGGUGUGGCCAUCACCUUCCUCACCAAAGAGGACUCUGCUGUGUUCUAUGAGCUGAAGCAAGCCAUCCUGGAGAGCCCAGUGUCUUCCUGCCCCCCAGAGCUAGCCAACCACCCAGAUGCCCAGCACAAGCCAGGCACCAUCCUCACCAAAAAGCGCCGGGAGGAGACCAUCUUCGCCUGAAGCAGCGCUCCUGUGGGUUUAAGGCAUGCUCUGAUGCUGCCUGAUGCCUGCUCCUCAAAACUCUCCUCUUUCCAGGUUCUCUCUUGGGUUAUUGGGACUUAGAAAACAGCAAGUCUUCCUGGCCUUGGCCCUCAGAUCUGGAGGCUUGAGUGUGAGACUGCAAAAGGACAGAAAGAUGCCAUAGGGGACAACAAGAGCAAAUCAUCGGAUUGUGGCCAUUCUGCCAUUUGGGCGUGACAUUAAGAUUGUACUGGGCUGUCAGCUCUUGCCAGGGAAGGGGGCAGCUGGUGGUACUACCCCAGACUGAACAGACACCUGCCUGGAAGGGACCUUCUUCAGUACUGGCUUGAUGGCAUAAGUGUGUGUAUGCUGCACCGUAGCCCUGGAUGACCUAGGGGAUCCGGGAUCUGGUACUGUGAGGAUUGUGGACUUUGGACUCUCAUUUCGACAGCCGUUUUCCCAUUUGGAAUAUAAAACAAGACGAGAGCCCUCAGGAGUGUGCAUGGCCUGUGCCAAAGGGUGCUGUGCACUCUAGGCAUCCCUCCCCCAGGGGAUUUUUUAGUAGAUAUGGGGACAGGGUGAGCUGUCUAUAUCCAUCUUUAAGUCACCGAGUGAAAUUUCUGUUUUCUAUUCUCUGAGAAGAUGAGUUUAUAUGUUCUGAGAAUAAAUAAUGAAUAUUAA